GUGACAAAAAAUAAGAAUAAAGUGGUAUUAGCAGCAUCAGAAUUCCAGAGUUUUACAGAGUCACGGAUAUCCGAAUCAAACUACAAAAGGCCACCUAACUGAGCCAACCGUGCCAAGCAAGAGAAGCAACAGAAAGCAGAGAAGGAAGGGGAAGAUGGCAGGUCAACUACAAGAAGAGCAGCAGGUAACUAGGCCCAAAGUCAUGAAGGUUGACUCUGUGGAGACUUGGGACUCGUAUGUUUCCCAAGCCACCAACCAAGGCUGUCCUAUUAUUACACAUUUCACUGCUUCGUGGUGCAUGCCUUCGGUGGCUAUGAACUCAUUCUUCGAGGAAAUUGCCUCAGAUUAUCCGGAUGUUCUGUUUCUCACCGUUGAUGUCGACGAGGUUAAGGAGGUAGCGACCCGACUGGAGAUAAAGGCGAUGCCAACGUUUUCGCUGAUAAGGGACGGUGCAACGGUUGACAAGCUCGUGGGUGCCAAUCCGGAAGAGAUAAGGAAAAGGAUUGAGGGUUUCCUUCAGUCCAAACGUGUGGAUGUUGCGUAGAACUAGCAGCAGUGUGAUAUGAUGCAGUUUGAAAUAGUGAAAUAAGUGGUUGUGAAUGGUUUUAACACAGAUAUAAAUGAUAAGCUUUUUCUUUGGCUGCUGUACGGACGGCGUAAACCGAAAACCUACCGAUGCUUCAGUUGAUAAACUUGUCACUAUAACAUUUUGUGCUUUGUAAUUUUGUUUCUUCUGUUCUUUCUGUCUCUAGUGAUUGUGCUCUGAAGAUGUUGUAAUCUUUGACCUCCAGAAGUUGUAAAUUGUGGUUGUAAGUGCAGUGGGAAAUUCAUAUAAAUGUGGGAAGAAGUUGUAAAUUGUGCUUGUAAACGUUUCUUAAAUAAUACAUAAGUUUUGGGCGGAUAAA